AUGGAUCGCGGUCUCCCAUCCCUCAUUGAGAGCUCCCGAGCGGUUUCUCCACCAUACGAAGGAGAUUUCCGGAUUGACGACAGUGUCCUUGCCAAAUUUCCAGAAGGAACAACAAUCAUUUCUGCAGACAGCUUCGGCACGUCCGCAUGGACUGUGACGGCUCGAGUGCAUCUGAAGCUUCCCGAUGACUCCGAGGAGAAAUACUUCCUAAAGUCCGCUCCGGGGGACCAUGGCCGAAUUCUCAUGGAAGGCGAGUUCAAUGCAAUGUCCGAGAUUUACAAAUGGGCUCCCGAUCUGGCUCCUAAGCCACACAGUUGGGGCAAAUAUGCUCUGGAGAACCCCGAAGCCUAUUUCUUCUUGUCCCAAUACAUCGACAUGAUCAAUGGCAUGCCGAACCCACGCCAGCUAUGCUCUAAGCUGGCUCGUCUUCACCGCAAGAGUCAAUCUCCAACAGGCCAAUUCGGCUUUCACAUCACCACUUGCCAGGGUCGCAUCCCACAGUCACUGGCAUGGGAGUCGAACUGGACUGUCUUCUUCACAAGACUACUCCAGCACGUCAUUGAUAUGGACUUCGAAUUCAAUGGAUACUGGGAAGAGCUGGAUAAAGUAGAGAAGCAGUUCAUCGCACAUGUUAUCCCCCGACUCCUAGACGCUCUGGUAAAGGAUGGCAGAACGAUCAAGCCCUGUCUCAUCCAUGGAGAUCUUUGGGAAGGCAACAGCGGCACUUCCUUCGAGGACGAUAAAGUCUACAUCUUUGACGCGGCCUCAUUUUAUGCCCACCAUGAAAUGGAAGUCGGGGAUUGGCGCUGCUACUAUAACAAGAUCAGCAACAGGAUAUACACCAGGACGUACCUUCGAUUCCACGGCCCGAGCGAACCAAAGGACGAGUGGGAAGACCGGAACCGGCUGUACAGCAUUUAUUUCAAUACAAUCUAUUCAGUCAAUCAUCUGAGCUCGGGCACAGCCGUGCGUCAAUUGGCUUAUGAGGACAUGUACUACCUGAUUGACAAAUAUGCCCCCUUCCCUGAGGGCGAGGGGCCGCCGAAGCUGGAUAAGUCCGAAAUGGCCUCACUCUCUGCUGAGAGGGAUCAUACUGCCGAUUGA